UACCGUAGUUUUACAGCGGUGGAGCUCUAGAGUGUACGGCACUACGUCAUUACCGGUUGUUGAUACAUUAGCUGUUGUUUCCUGUGGUUGCCGGGAUCGAGGAUUGAGAUGACUACAAAGAUGCCCAUGUGUAUUUGUGUAAUUGUGUUGUUCAUUGUUGGGACAAAGGGCCGUGGACGUUUACCGUUAUCAAAUGUUGCGUACCAGACUAUUUUUAAACGACUCCGUGGAGAGUAUAAUAAGCCAGUAGCAGAUCGUACAAGAGAAGAAAAAAAUGCGCUGCAGAUGUUGUGGCGAAAUCCAACCAGUUUUACUAUUGAAAACAAUACGCUUAUGUUCAAUGGGAAAAUUGUAGCAAGAAAGGAAGAUAUUGACCGAAUUGUCUACAGAUGUUUCAAACAGACCAAGGGUGCUGGAGCCCGGAGAAUCAGACAUUAUCUGGCUGAAUCCUGUUCCGGUAUAAGUGAAGCGCGCAUCUACCGUAGUUUGCAUAAUGCUAAAGUACGAGCGGAAUUUUCAAAUCGACCUAUAUGGAGGCCAAUUAAGGCUCGUGAAAUUCAAGAAAGACAUCUGGUGGACUUGGUGGAUCUCCAUCCUCAAAAAAGUAAUUACAAUGGCAAGAAGUACCGUUAUAUAUUGACUGUGAUCGAUGUUUUUUCUCGUUUUCUCUGGACAAGACCCCUUCCGACCAAGAAGCCAUCAAAAGUUGGUAAAGCGCUUGCUGAGAUUUAUAAUGAACACGGACCACCGAAAAUUUUACAACGUGAUCGCGGGAAAGAAUUUGAAGGUGUGGUAGUCAAAUUAAUGAAAAAACUUAACGUCAAAAUAAUUAGAAGUCGUCCUUAUCACUCCCCAAUCACAGGAAAAGGUGGAAAGACCACACCUCACAUUGCGAGAGAAAACUUUUUCGAUCCUUUCAAAGUGAGAAGAAAACUGAGGGCUUUGGUUAAUCGUUGUGGACCAAACUGGGUUGAAAAUCUACAACGUAAUACACGGAUUAUUAAUAGCGAAGCAAAGGAAGAGUUGAAUUACAAGUCUCCGUUCCAAAUAUAUUUUGGACGAUCCAAUAACUUACUCAAGAAUACUCUAGAUGGUGAAAACCCAGAUGAUGUUAGGCAGGAGGAUUUUGCGUUUAUCUCAGCAGAGAGACCAACUUUAGCUGAAUUAAAAGUAAAAGAAGAGGCCACGAAUAAUAUUCGAAAUGUUGUUAAGGUUGUUAGGAAACACCCUCCAAGUUUGUACAACGUUGGGGAUAAAGUGUAUGUACGCAUUCAGGUACCAAAGCACAGACUAGCUCAGAGACACUAUAUCGCUGAAGGGAAAAUACUCAAGUGCAACUUGAAAAGCGGUAUGUACAGACUGCAAUAUGAGCGAAAUGGAAUAUCUGCUCGUGAUUGGUUUCACUUGAAUGAUAUCACCAACCGAACUAUCGCUGAGGAGAACGCUAGAGUGAAGGUGGAUAUCGCCGAAAAAGUGCCACCGGCAUUUGACAACCAUUAUUUCACUUCCUUUAUGGCAAACAUUUUAGCCAAAUUUGGACUACGCGUGCGGUAUAAUCCAUCAGGCGACGGUAACUGUCAAUUUGAUGCGUUAGUGGACCAACUUGCAACACUUGGCAUUCACAGGAGUUCCCAGGGCUUACGUGCAGAGUUGAUUUCAGAUAUAGAACUUAACCCUUACCUAGUGGAUGGCUCACCAAUAGAACCAUUCGUCGGAUCUGUUCAAGCUUAUACACAAAUGAUGUCGUUGCCCGGUACAUACGGGGAUCAUGUUACUCUGCAAAGAACAGCUCAACUUUUUAACUUACAAAUUGUUGUUGUAUCGUCUUUAGGUGCAACAGCAACACGUCUUAUUUCCCCGUCAGGAAGCUACGAUGAAUCUUUACCCACGUUGUUUCUUGGUCACAUGGCGGAGGGUCAAGGUGAACAUUACUUGAGCUUGUCACCUUAUGAUGAAAGUUACCGUUGUGUGCUAGAGUCUUACCGAUACUAUACUCCUUUAUAUGAACCAGAAAAUAGACAUGAAACCUCUGUGGAGAAAGUUGGGGGUGGGACAGGAGAGCAUUGGAAUGGAAUUGGACAAAAUGAGGACGAGUGUGUAGAAAAUGUGGAUGAGAGUUUACAGAGUAGGGGAGAUGUACAGUAUGAAAACGAGUGUACAUCGGAUGAGAUAGAAAUGGUUGUGAAAAAUGUGUAG